AUCGAAAACGAACGUUUUGAUGUUUGACAAAAAUGGUGCGAUGUAGCCAAUAAUGACAAGCCCGAGACGAGUGAAAAAGAGUGGUGCUCAGUGUCUACAGAGCAGCUUGGACUGGGACUCCCCCUCCGCGGAGACAGGCACGGUGCGCCGGCGCCGCUCCUGCCCCGACGCCGCGCGCCCCGCGCCCCGCCCCGCCGACAUCGCGGAGGUACUCACGCCCACAGACUCAGAGAGCGGCACCUCCAGGAGCGACAAAACAGACUCACUAGUCGAGGUAGAAGAAAGAAUUUCAUGCAUCAUCAACGAAAAUAGAUCAUCCCAAAGCAACUCGGAGUCGAGCGAAGUAGAUAUUAUAAUAGACAGCAUAUUAGCUAACCCUGAUGAAAGCGAAUCGUUUGCAAAUGUUCAAAAUGAAGCUUUUGUGUCGGACCGAAGUAAGACCUUUAUCAAGGCCCAACCCGAGGUCUGUGCAAGAGGUGGUUCGAUAUCGAUGCAGCCCUCGACUUUAGAACGGAAUAAAAUUAAAGAUAGGAGAUUAAAAGCUCCGACGCCAAUACAGAAGCUCAACAAAUCCAUAGAUUUUAUAAAAAAUACCCCAAAGCUCAAUAAAGAUCUACCUAAGGUAGAAAGUAAACCAAGUGUACUUCCAGUUUACAGAAGUACACUGCAAGGACAAGAAGUAGACUUAAGUGCAAGUCCAAAGAAAAAGGUUGCGUCUAAAUUAAGAUUGCCGUUUUCCCCUACUAGAACAAUGGACAAACCGAAGUCAAAUUUCUUUCAAGGAAAAUCUCCUUUAGAUAGCAAACCGACAUCAUUCUUAUCAUCGCCGGUGAGACGCACGAUCUCGAACGAGUAUGUGCGUCUGAAGUUCUCCAACGACACCCUGGUGCGGCGCACCAUACACGGCAAGUCAGUCCCGAAGAUCAUGCCGAACAUACAGUCAAUAAUACCCGAGAGCCCCGUGGACAACGAGGACCCCUUCCUCAACCUCAGCCCGAACAAAAAAUACACAGUGACAGUAAACAACAAAGUCCGCUGCGACAAGGAUAACUACGUGAUCUUCGAUCCGAACACGGGAUUUACGCCGCUGCAAACUUCGAAGAGUCGUCUGGGUUGUAAGCCUCCGAGCGGGGAUAAGUCGAAGAUUCCGCUGAAGUCUCCUGUUGGUGAGCGGGCGGGGGCGGGGCGUCCGGCUGUGAAUGUGAGUGACACUGAUAGUGGUAUCCUGAGCCCCAGCUCGCCCGCGGAGACCAGCGCGGACGAGGCCUGCGCCUACGCCAACGCCGCCGCCGUGCGCGCCUCGGCCAAGAGAACUGCAGCUUCCCUCGACAUACAGAUCGUCGACCCCGGACUGGCCAAGAAAGCUACAGAGCAAAUCAAGAUCUACACGGACUGGGCGAACCAUUACCUGGAGCGGGCGCGGUCGCGGCGGCGCGCGGGGACCGCGGCCGGGGGGCUGGCGCGGGACUGCGCCGACGGGGUGCUGCUGGCAGACGUGUUGGAGGGCGUCACGGGGCUGAGGGUGCCGCGCGCGCACCGCAAGCCACGGAACCCGCAGCAAAUGUUGGAGAACGUGCAGUGCUGCCUGGAGUUCUUACACGCUCAGAAGGUUCAAGGACUUGAACAAGUGACAGCAGUUGACAUCAGAGAUGCAAAAUUAAAAGCUGUGCUUGCAUUAUUUUUUGCACUGAGCCGUCACAAGCAAGCAUCAAAACAGAGAUCAGCGCCAUCUAGUGAAAAUGUGUCAAAUCUUGGAAAGAACUCGGCAGACGGCGUGUCAUUAAGUUCAGUACAACGAAUCACAGGGGGCAGCAGCUGUGAUGAAAUUUUAAGCUGUGGCAACAACGCAGAUAUGACGACACUUACGGCUAACAGACAGGUGUCGGUGCUGCAGUCGUCGAUCCCGGCGCCCGCGUCGGCGGUGGCGGUGCGGCGCGCGCCCGACAAGCGGCCGCUGCCCGCCACGCCCGUGCACGCAGGUGGCAAAAGCGGAUUUUCGGCGAGUUCCAGCCGGUCGACAAGUCCUCAGGGGGCAGUGAGCUUCAUACCGCGGGCACCCAACUCUACAUCAGGAUCACGUCCCAACUCAUCACUGCUGGCACCAGGCAGUAAAAUACCGUCAAGCCCCUACACGCAACAAUCGCAGCAACAUUCACAAACUGCUCUCCCGAAUGGGACCCCAACAAAGCAGUCCAUGCUUGAUAAACUAAAGCUUUUCAACAAAGACAAAACAAACAACGAAAAACAGCACAAAAACACAACAGUGUCAAAACGUACUAGUUCUUCCAGCGGGUUCUCUUCGGCCAAGAGCGAGAGAUCCGACUCUAGUUUAAGUCUCAACGAAUCGUCCAACACAUCCAACGCACAUAUCAAGUCUUCUAAUCUACUAGGCCCCAAAAACAUAAGACAAAACGACACAUUAUCAAAAGAUAAGUCCAAUAAGAAUGCUAAGUCUAAACUAGUUAAUUCUAAGGCCCUCAAAGAUUCUUCCACGAAUUUAAAUAAACUAAACAGUAAGACUAAUAAUAAUGAAAAAUCAAGUAGAAAUAGUCCGAAACUGCCAGCUAGAGAGAAGGAAUCCAAAUUGGCAGCUCCCAAGUCCAUUAGUAAUACUAAAUUAAAUCAGAUUGAGGAUAUGAGAAACACGAAAGUGAAACAAGAUUCUAAAAUGGUGAAACUUUCUGGAAGUCAGUUGAAGUUAAGUGAUCAUAGGAAUGAUAAUAGUGCAGACUCAAAAUCCAAUGAAAACGUUUCUAAUCAUACGAAAGGCUUGACUCAGCCUCAAACUCCUACUGGUGGACAAAACUUUUGUAAUCAAAAUCAAAAUUUGACUGGCAUUCCAAAACCAACAGCUGCCGUCAAGGGUACCUUCAAAAUAGCUAAAGACGAUAGGCAUAUAAUUAACAAGAGUACAAAUAGUCAAUUAAGUCCUAUACAAAGCAAUUCUAGUUUAAAUUCUACUAAUAAUGUAAGUGCACUUCCGUUCAAUAGAGAACAAUCUAAUAUAAAUAAGGAUGUGAGUCAGAAACAGACCCUAGCUGUCUCGCCCAUGCCUGUCACAGCCAGCUCACAGAUGUCAGAAAGCUCCCACUCAAACUCUGGUCAGCAUUCUAACUCUAGUGAUAGUAGUGUGAUAUACCGACCGUCCAGUGAAUCCGGAUCCGAAAUGUCUAAGUCUGCGACUCAUAAUGCGAUGCAAAACCGGAGGGUAGACAUGAAUACAACUUACAUAAACGAUGUGAUAAAUGAAGCAGAAAAUUCGGAAAAAGAAGCUGCUCAGAAGCGCCUUAUGGACAGAGCCGGACUAAGGCUUCCUGGGUCAGAUCCGAACAGAAUGACGGCGGAGUCAAAUAGACACGCAGAAAAUGCAAGUCGGUCUAGCACUCCGUCACACUGUCGAGAUAAUUCUCUGGGAGAUGAUGAGAAUCCAAUGAUGAACGUAGUCCCAAUGAGGCCACUACUGCGCGGUUACAACAGCCACUUAACACUCCCAAUGCGUACCACCGGAAUGACACAGAAAAACAUACCGGGCUACCCUCACCAUGCUAACACAGUUAAAGCUAACUUUGGCAGGGAGAACAUGAGCCUACGAGACAGAUUGAAUUACGGUCCGGGUUUCACAAACCCUGACUACUGCGACCUUGAUAUCGCCUCGGGGUAUAUGUCAGAUGGUGAUUGUUUGAGAAGGAUCAAUGUAAACGAGAUAGAUCGGGCGAGACACAAUGACAUAAUGGACGGAUACAUGUCCGAAGGAGGCGCUUCGCUCUACGGUCGACGCAUCAACUUUCAGCAGUCAUCUGGCCUUCAGCAGUUAGAUGAAAGACGCGUCGCCCGUAACCGCGGCAUGGAGGGCAGCGGCGUGGUGUACCGCGUGGUGGGGCGCGCGCGCAGCAAGGCCGACUGCGCGCAGCAGACGGAGCGCCAGCCGCCCGCCAAGGACACCACCUGGAAGAAGUACACCGACUCGCCCGGCGUGGGGACGCCGCCGGGCCAGCAGCCGGGCGCCCCGCCGAGUCCGUCGCACAGCCGCAAGGGCGAGCGGCGCGCCGGCCACCACUCGCCGCAGCAUCACAAGCGGGAGAAGCUCACUGCUGCCCAACAGCUCGGCCUUGCGCCGCAUCCGCAGUACCCCUCUGGUAAUAAUGCGACUGGUCAACAAUCUAGAAGUGCUGCCUCUCAGCUCCAGACUCCAAGCAGUGGCUCUCGGCCAUCGAGCGCGGCGAGCGGCAGCAACGGCAGCGGCAACGGCAUCUCCAGCAAGGCUAAAGUUCCUCAAAGCUUCGGCUACGUUAAGAGGCAAAAUGGUGUUCAGCAACCUGCACAAACAAAUGGAACUUCACAGCAUGGUGGGCGGACUGCGCAAGUGUCGGCUGUACCAAGAACGAAAGUAAAAGUUUCUGGCGGCACUCAAACCUGUACCCAGGAUUUACAAAUACACAAAAAUGGAAUUGGACCAAAAUCAUUCUCACUGGGUGGCACUGCAGCUGCUCAGCUGUCUGCAUCGGUCAGAGAGCGGCUGCUGGGCUCCCAGUCUUUGCCCAAACCCGGGACACAUGAAUUUGCAGCCUUGUUCCAGCAUCAUCGAAUCACUCCGAGAGGUGGCAUCAAGAUCAGUGAUGGGAGUCUGUCAGACACUCAGACAUACUCGGAAGUGAAAUCUGAUUAUGGUAUACCUUAUGCUCCGUGGCUGCGACACAGCAACACUUACUCGGCGAGCGGGCGCCUGUCCCAGGGCGAGUCGCUGGAGUCGCUCAGCUCGCUGCACUCGGCGCACGCGCACGCCCCCCCCUCCCACCACCACCGCAGCUCCCUCACACACAAUAAGCUCAUCUUGCACCGCGACGCACAGGGCGGCAGGCUCAACAGGAGCAACAGUAUUAGCUAUCUGAGAGAUAGGACGUUCCCAAGAUCGACGAAGUCUGAAAAGCUGUACCCGUCGAUGCUGCAGCGGUCCUCGGAGAGUGACUACGAGCCGUACUACUGCCUGCCUGUGCAGUACGGAGCUGGCGGUCAAGGUCUAAACUACGGCGUGUCGGAGCCGCCGUCGCCGUCGCCGCGCUCGGCGCUCAGCCCCACGCACCAGCCCGGCAGCGCGCUGCACACGCCGAGGCACUCGCACCACUACUCCAAGAAGAAUGACGACGCGCACGGGUCAACGGCGUCGCUGGUGUCCACGGCCUCCUCGCUGGCCGCCGGCGCCGGCUCCGAGGAGAGGCAGCAGCAUGAGGUUCGGAAACUGCGGCGAGAGUUGGCUGAUGCCAAAGAAAAGGUCCACACGCUGACGACUCAAUUGACAACAAAUGCGCACGUGGUGUCGGCCUUCGAGCAGAGCUUGUCCAACAUGACGCAGCGGCUGCAGCAGCUCACAGCCACUGCUGAAAGAAAAGACUCUGAGUUGACGGAGCUGCGGCAGACGAUCGAGCUGCUCCGGAAGCAGUCCAUCCAGGCGGGGCUCACCACCGCGCACAUGCAGUCCAUGGGCAUCAGCCCCAUCGUCAACGUGUCCGGACCACCCCCAACGCAGGCGGAGGCUCCGAGCGCGCAGGGGCCGCAGGGGUCGCCGCAGCGGCUGCUGCAGGCCGGCAACGGCGCCAUCACGAGACAUCUCUCCACGGACAGCGUCUCCAGUAUUAAUAGCCUUAGCAGUGGCUCCUCGGCGCCGCACGACAAAAAACACAAGAAAAAAGGAUGGCUGCGCUCAUCGUUCACGAAAGCGUUUUCCCGCAACGCGAAGAUCUCAAAGACAGCGAAGCAUUCGUCCCUCGGGCAACUAUCAUCGCAAGACAGUUCUUCGGGCUCGCACCACUACGACGACCCGCACACCAUCCGCGAGGGCUCCAACGAGAACAGUCUCGAACACUCGCACGAACUACUCGACGCGCCCAAGGAUAAGCCCGCCAGUGAGGAGACCAAAGAAAAAGCGGAAGACGCGGUGCUAGUGGACGAGCUGAAGCGGCAGCUGCGCGAGAAGGACCUGGUGCUGACCGACAUCCGCCUCGAGGCGCUCAGCUCCGCGCACCAGCUCGAGAGCCUCAAGGACACCGUCAUCAAGAUGAGGAACGAGAUGCUGAACCUGAAGCAGAACAACGAGCGCCUGCAGCGGCUGGUGACGUCACGCUCGCUGGCCGGCAGCCAGAGCUCGCUGGGCGCCGGCGGCGAGGACCCGCGCCGCUUCAGCCUCGCCGACCAGCCCACCAUGCACCAGAUGGAAAUGCAUUCCCAGCCUUUAGACCUCGACUUCAACUGCAUUAGUACGACACCUACAAUGGAUUUUUCCAAAAAAGGCUCUCCAAAGUCGGCUAUCGGCGAACCAAUCUAUGGGAACAAGACAGUUUGUGAACUGAGCGAGAACAGUGAAGCCAUGCUGGGCGGCUUGAACGGGACGGAUAUCUUCGCUACCAACGGACUCGGCGGGUCGGACCGGCUAAGUGGGGAUUACGAUAUAAACGCCGUCCUGCCGCCACCUAAGUCCCGGGAAUUAGCCAUCGGAGAGAGCUACUCGGAUAUCGGUGCAGCGGAAAGCCAAGGUGAUACUACGGACGGCAAGAAAAUAGCUAUAGCUGUAUAUUUAGGACAACCAGAAACAUUCCAAAGAUAUUUCGAAGAAGUGCAAGACACACUUACUGAGUCGGAAUGCAGAUUCUACGCGAAGCAAUCCGCCUUCAACAACCACUACGAGAAGCAAGGCAGCUUCGACUCGCCGCGCAUGUCGACGAACCACAGUCCCGAAGUAGAGAUUCAGGAGUACCCCCCCACUAUUAAUAAGUCAAACACAAAUAGCCUUAAAAGCAAUAAGUCUACGCACAGUAGUUCGUAUAAGAAAGUUUACAAUAGUGACUCGACAAUAAACUGCAACGAGUUUGUGAUAGCUCACACUUAUAUAUCUGGCAAGACGACUUGGCAGAACUUAGAUUACAUAGUUAGGAAGACAUUCAAGGAUUACCUGUCGCGGAUAGACCCGGGCACCAACCUGGGGCUGAACACGGACUCGAUCACGUCGUACCACCUGGGCGAGGCGACGCGCGGGCCCGAGAUGGGCUUCCCCGAGCUGCUGCCGUGCGGCUACAUCGUGGGCACCGUCACCUCGCUCUACAUCUGCCUGCAGGGCGUCGGCAGCCUCGCCUUUGACAGCCUUAUACCAAAAAAUAUUGUUUAUAGAUAUGUUUCGUUACUGUCAGAGCACAGACGUGUGAUAUUGUGCGGGCCUAGCGGUACAGGAAAGUCGUACUUGGCAGCAAAACUUGCCGAAUUCUAUGUACAAAGAACGCAACGACGAGGCAACCCUGCUGAAGCUGUGGCUACUUUCAACGUGGACCGCAAGUCGGGCAACGAGCUGCGCGCGUACCUCACCAACAUCGCGGAGCAGUGCGGCGCGGGCGAGCAGGCGGCGCUGCCGGCGGUGGUGCUGCUGGACAACCUGCAGCACGCCUCCGCGCUGGGGGACGCCUUCGCGCCGCUGCUGCCGCCCGGCAACCGCUCCAUGCCCGUCAUCAUCGGAACAAUGUCUCAAGCGACGUGCAACACGACGAACCUGCAGCUGCACCACAACUUCAGGUGGCUGCUCACCGCCAACCACAUGGAGCCAGUCAAAGGGUUCCUAGCAAGGUAUCUCCGUCGCAAGCUGUUCGCGCUGGAGCUGCGCUUGGGCCGCCGUGAGCCGGCCCUGGCGACCGUGCUGGAGUGGCUGCCGGGCGUGUGGGCCACGCUCAACGCCUUCCUGGAAGCACACUCGUCCAGUGACGUCACCGUCGGGCCGCGGCUCUUCCUCGCCUGCCCCAUGGACCUUGAGGCUAGCCAGGCGUGGUUCGCAGACGUGUGGAACUACAGCAUCGUCCCGUACGCGUCGGAGGCGGUGCGCGAGGGGGUCGCGCUGUACGGGCGCCGCCGCCACGCCGCCGUCGACCCGCUGCAGCACGUCAAGUCCACCUACCCGUGGCGGGAGCCCAACCACUCGCAUACCCUCAGCGCUAUAACAGUUGAAGAAAUUGACUUAGAAGAGACUAACCAGAAUUCCAGCACCAAUAAUAACCAAGAUCCACUGUUGAACAUGUUGAUGCGGCUCCAGGAGGCAGCCAACUACAGCGGCAACCAGAGCCAGGACUCCGACAACGCCAGCCUCGACUCCAACCUCACUCACGACAGCUCCAUGGGCAACGAGCUUUGAACUCACUAAAUCAUACUACUUAUAUCUAAACCACGGAUUAUACAUUUUUCAUACAGAGGCACUAUUACAGCCACUAUUUUGAUAUCAAUGUAAAUACAGUGAAGUCAACAUGUAUUCUUUUUACUAUAGGAACCUACCUAAGUAUUUUUAUUUUAUUAGCACAGUAUCGUCUAAAAAUAAGAUCUGUGUGUCUCUACGCAAAGCCAAAUAGUUGCCAUAUGUAAAUUAUUUAUAUUAUGUAUCUAUUUAAGUGUUAAUUUUUUAUUUAGAUUACUAUAAAUUCGAUUCGACUUUUGAGUGUGAUUAAAAAAUUAGGUAAAUUAUGAAACUGCCUAUUCUGCUGUAUUUGCAAAAUAUAUUCAAAUAAAAGAGCGAGAGUAGGUACUUUUCAAACCAGAACAAACUGUUAAUCUAUUAUUUUUGUUUCCAAAAUUAUUGUGAUUAUUGUUUUUUUUACUGUAAGUUAGUAAAAUUAUUACUUUGAGAAAGGACGCAUAAUCUUGCAAGAAACAAAUAGCAGUGAGUGCCUGGAGUAAGUAUUUUUGCAUUUUUAUGAAACAAUCGUGAAGUGUAAUUGUUACUGUUAUUAUUAAAGCGAUGUAGCUUUUACUAUUGUUAUAUUUUUUCAAAGUUAGGGUAAGAACCGCAUUUGUAUUACUACUGUAUUGUAUGUAGUUAUAGUAUAUGUAAUUUUUAUACCAUUUUCAUAUAAAACUCAUGUACCUAAUAAAGUAUUUAUAGGUGUAAAUAAAAAACUUUUAAUAUAAUUUUUUUCUAUGCGAUUGCACUAACUGCCCUAUGCCAUAAACAAUAUAAUGGCAACUUGUAUAGAGAUGUGUAACAACAUAGUGUUUGAAUAUUGAUUGAAUUGUGUGCAUAACAAGAACGUGAUAUCUACAAUCUAUGCUUUACGAAAUUGUGAAAUAAACAUUGAUUAUAUAAACCA